AUGACUGAAGUUUCUAAUGUUGUACAACGGCACGUCGAAUUGAUUGCUGAAGUACCAAUAAUAAAAUAUGACGCCUGCACUCAAACUUCAGACUAUUUUUUAAAUUUCGAAGCUGAACAAAUUAUUAAUGAAUAUAAUGAAAAUAACGAUAUUAAUCGAUUCGAAGGUAUUAGCAAUAUAUUUCUAUUUUAUAAUGAUUAUAUUAGUAAAUCUAAAGAUAAUGACAAUGAUUCAUAUGAACUUGGUGACAAUGAUCAUGAUCCUAAUCAAAUUUCAAUUGAUAUGGAUGAUGACAUGGAAGAUAUACCGGAUGUUGAGUGCGAUGUAUUCGAUAAUAAUUUUAAAACUGAACGACCUCCGAAUGCUAUUGAGCUUUCAGUAAUGUUACUUUUACUUUGGAAAAAGCACUCUAUAAGCAAAGCUGCGGUCAAUGAUAUUUGUCGAAUUUUAAAUUUUUUUAAUAUUCCAAAUAUGCCCAAAGAUUUUCGUGGAGUCAUAUCGCGAGUCAAAAAAAACAAUUCUAAACUGCUUCACGGGAAUCAUUCUUUUAUAUGUCCAUCAUGUUUACGUAAAGGUUCAAGUUCUUCAAAAUGUGAUGCCAAUGGAUGUGUAUCUGCUUUGUCAUACGCUCGUAAACCAACAUCGGUUUUCACUUUCUCUCUUUUGCCUCAGAUCAUUUCGAUCCUUGAGCGAGAAGAUCGUGUAUCAUCAUCGUAUGUAUUUGGUCAAUCCCAUGAUGUAAUAAACUCUAGACGCUACCAAGAAAUAAUAACGAAACAAAAACAAAUAGAUCCACAAAGAAAUAUCGUUACUUUUACACUUAAUACUGAUGGAGUACUCAUUAAACGUAUAUCUCGCUCCUUAUGGAUGACGUGUGCAUGUAUCAAUGAGUUACCAAGAAGUAAACGUUUUCAAAUUAAUAAUAUAUUAAUAUGCUCUAUAUCAACGGGUGACGAAAAGCCAAAAAAGAAGGAAUAUGCAAAAAUAUUAGAAGAUAUCGUCCAUGAAUUAAAAUUUCUUGAAAACAUAGGUUUUGAUGUAAUUUUACCAUCGCACAAGAAAGACCACAAAAAUAAAUACACCUAUUUCUAUGCAUUUAUCAUCUCAGCAGUUUGUGAUAAACCUGCACAAGCGCUCGCUAUGAAUAUAAAAGAUCCAACUGGAUAUUUUAGUUUGAGUAGAUUCAUUAUGGACGUAGAAAUGGAGAUAUAG